UCUAUCAUACAUACACAUAACAUAUAUAUAGAGAGAGUUACUCGUACCUAUCAUAAUUGUUCUUAUUAUAUAAUAGAUCGAAAGUGAUAGAUAUUCUGUCUUUCGCUUUGUCAAGGUUUCUGAAAGUGGAAAUAUUGAAGUUAGGUGUGUCUGAGAAGGAUGGCUUGCUUGGUAUCUCGAACGGGAAGGGAGAUGCAGAGGUACAACAGUAGUGGUGGCAGACAAAUUGUGGGUUGCAUACCUUACAGAUAUAAAGAAGACAUUGAUGGCAAUCUGAGCAAUGAAUUGGAGGUGCUUGUAGUUAGUUCACAAAAAGGCCAAACAUUAAUGUUCCCAAAGGGAGGAUGGGAACUCGAUGAAUCUAUAGAAGAAGCAGCUUACAGGGAGUCCUUAGAAGAAGCAGGAGUUACUGGAAUAGUUGAGCAUGAAUUGGGUCAAUGGAACUUCGUUAGCAAAAGACAUGGCACAUACUAUGAAGGUCACAUGUUUCCUUUGUUAGUCAAAGAAGAACUUGACUUGUGGCCUGAAAAGGAUCUUAGAAGAAGAACAUGGAUGUGCGUUGAUGAAGCUCGAGAAGUUUGUCAUCAUUGGUGGAUGAAGGAAGCAUUAGACAUCCUUGUUGAACGACUCACUUUACAGAAAAAUAGGAACAUUUAA